AUGGAAGAAGCAAUGAGACGUCUAAAUGGUUGCACAUACUCAUCGGAAGCUAACAUCAAACUUGAUCUACCAUUACCCUUUUUUUCAACUGCAACAACCACCACCGAAAUCCAAACCCAAACCCCCAAAAAAACAAACAACAAAAGAACCUUAAAAGGUACUACUGGUAAUGGUAAUGGUAAUGGUAAUGGAAAUGUUACACCUGCUGCUGGUUGUCGAUAUAGAGGUGUUCGGCGUCGACCAUGGGGACGUUAUGCAGCUGAAAUACGUGACCCACAAUCAAAAGAACGACGUUGGCUAGGUACGUUCGAUACUGCUGAAGAAGCUGCCUGUGCUUAUGAUUAUGCUGCUAGAGUUAUGCGUGGUUCUAAAGCUAGAACUAACUUUGUUUACCCAGCUAAUUCACCUCCUUCAUCCCCUCUUUCCCAUCAUCACCACCACCACAAUCUUCCUCCGUUACAGUUUUUAUCCUCAAAACAAUCUUCACCAUUUCCUGUUCAUCACCAUAAACCAUCCUAUCCAAGUUUCUCUGAAUGGACUACUCCAAACACUAGUAGCAAACCUUCCCUGCGUGUCAUUAAUGGUUAUGCCGUGAACCUUAAAGAUAGUAAUGCUUGUGAUAACUCAAAAUCAACAUCGUCUGUGCAGUUGAAUACUUGUUUUCUCGAUUUUCUUGGCUCAACCUCUACUGCUCCUUCUCUUACUCAUGAAUAUCAUCCAAUUCCAUACUUGAAGAGCAGCAGUUGUGCUAGUUAUAACUUUCUUCCAAACCCUAGUUCUGCUGAUGACUUUAAGGGUUCUGUGAAUGAUUAUGAUAUUCGUACUGAACCAGCAAGUCCAGUUAAUGGUAUGGAUUUCUUCCAAACUGAAUCGUCUGAUUCUGGUUUAUUGGAAGAAAUAAUCCAUGGGUACUUUCCGAAAUCUAUUUCUACUCCAACUACUACUGCUGCUUCUAGGUUCAACUCUCCAUCCUCUUCCUCCUCACCUCCAUUAAAAACUUGUAAACACAACAAUACUGAUGAUUUUGAUGUUGAAGUGAAUAAAACGGAGACUGAAAUGUCAUAUGUUCAUCAUCAUGUACCAUCAUCAACUUCAAAUGAGAUGAUGAAUGAUGAGGAUUUCAAUUUGUAUUUGGAUUAUCGUCGUCAACAACAGAAGUAUGAAGGGGUUGGUUUAUAUUCUCAUCAGAAUAAUGGUUUUCCUGCAGUUGGUCCUUGCGGCGAGGAACUAAUGUUUGAAAAUAUUGUUCAGUACCCUGAAUUGCUUGACAUGUUUGCUGCCAAGUUGCAGAAUGCUUGA